AGUGACAACAGACAGCAAGUAGAUGUGUGCUAAUCCAAGGCCCAAGACCAGAGUGAUGGAUCUACAACAGACAUGACUAAAGUAAAUCUGCUGGUUAGCUGCACAGAUACAGUAUAAUCACAAAGCAUAAAAACUUGUGCUGUCAAAAUGAACGCGUUAAUUGUUGAGAUUAACGUGAAACAUUUAACGCGUUAAAAAAUUUAACGCUAAUUUCCUGUAAUCUAAGACCUUUAAACUCAUGAACAGCUCUGGAGGAAGGGGCAACAUUGCGCUAUGCUGGCGUUUGGCCUGACAGAAAUGAUUAGAAGAAGAAGAAGUGAUACCAUGCUACUAUAGCUAACACAUGCAAGCAUGGAUGAGGAUGGACUUUCGGGUGGAAAGUUUCUUUUUAAGAAGUUGCCUGACGGCUUGUUGGACAAAACGAGAGUAAAGAGCACAAUUUGCAAAGGUGAAUUCAAGAAGCAGUUGAUCACUGGUGUAUCACCUGAGAGCAAAACACCCAACUGAAUCCGCCUCUACGGGACCUCGCCAGUCUACGCUUCAGGAGUAUGGUGCUCGUGGAUGAAUAACAAAACAUAUGAGAGAAAAAUUAACCAAUUCCUAAACUGCCGACCAGUUAGCAUAGUAGAAGAUGAUGGACUGAGAGAAGUCAUUCGCGCUGCAUCAGGAGAUGUGUGUCACAAUCCGCCCUCAAGAGGAACCAUUGUGUUGAGACCCCGUGCUUUGUAUGAGGACCAGAGGGCUCAGGAGUCCAGUAAGCUUGUACAAGUAAGGAACGUUGGUCUCACCGGAGACCACUGGACUUCGGUGAACAACGAUAAUUACUUGGGGGUCACGGCGCAUUUUAUUGAUAACAACUUGACUUUACAAUUGUUUGCACUAACAGUGAGUAAAACUGAAGAGAGACACUCUACAGGCGUGUGCUGACCAUUUUCUGAGUGUUGCAAACAAAUGGAAAAUCAGGGACAAACUAACCACGCAUGGCACCGACAGUGCUCGUAACAUGGUUGCAGCCGCCAGGCUACUUCCAUUUGAACACAGCCCUGCAUGGCCCAAAUUCUGCAAAGAACUGUCACAGUUUCUCUUAAUGACAGCACAUUUGAAAGGGCUCUGGCCAAAUGUUGCAAGAUUGUUGGACAUUUUAAGCAUAGUCUAGCAAAUGCUCAGGAAUUAAAGGCACAGCAAGCUGCACAUGGACAUCAAACAGAACCACUUGUUCAGGACGUUCCAACAAGAUGGAACUCCACCCUAGAGAUGAUCAAGCGGAUCCAGAGAAACAAAUCUGUGCUGACCACCGUCCUGGCUCAGCAAAACAACAAGGUUACCAUGUUGACUGACCAGGAGCUUCACAGACUGCAAAAGCUGGAGGAACUACUUGAACCUUGCAGAUAUGUUACCGAACUGCUGGGGGGAGAACGGUAUGUCUCCUGCUUCAUGGUGUUGUCAGCCUUGUGUCAUUUGUUCAGGAUUAUGGAGCCCUCAGAUGAUGACCCAGUCUACGUUUUGAGGUUUAAAAAGGUUUUUACCACAGACAUAGCUCAGUGGAGGGACGGCAGCAAUCUCACAUGGCUGAAGAUCGCUACUGCCCUUGAUCCCAGGUUUAAAGACGUUAAGUGCCUUUCCAAAGAUGAAAGAAGAGAGGUGUGGGCUUCUUCAGUACAUGACCUUCUGAUGGCAGAGACGCGUGCACACCAACCAUCUGCUCAGACAACAGAGGAACCAUCACCAAAGAAGAGCAAGAUGUCCAUCUGCUUGCUGGGUUCUUCUGAUUCAGAUACAGAGGAAGAUGCUAUAGACCACUGUCUGAAUCUGUACAAAGCAGAGCUCAAAAUUGACAUAGGAGAGUGUCCACUACAGUGGUGGUUAAAGAGAGAAGGAGCACAUGCCAGGCUGGCACCUAUUGACUGUGCACGAGAAAAUGCUAACUUCCUGGUUUGAGGCCGGAUGUGGGGUUGCACAUUUCCGGUAGCUUUACUUUGCGGUAAAUCGCUACUGCGAAGAUAUACUCCAAAAUCAUGUCCAAAACUUGAAAACGGAAAGAUUGCGUUAAGUUCCAAAGAGCAGAAGGUGGGAACACUCA